UGAGGUCAUUUGUUUUGGAUCAGCAGAGUAUUGAAGACUUGCAUACAGUGAGGUCACCGUACAGUGAGGUCACCGUAUAGUGAGGUCACCGUACAGUGAGGGCACCGUACAGUGAGGGCACUGUAUAGUGAGGGCACCGUGUAGUGAGGGCAAAUACAAUGGAUAAAGGAUGGUGCCAGAGCACUGAUGGUGUUAGAAGGAGUGUUGGAGACGCUUGUGGUGGUGAUAACACUGCUGGUAAGGUGGUGGAGAACUCUCUUGAUGAUAAUGGUGAUGAGAGUGACGGCGAUGUUGAGAGUGUGUCGUACACGGACACUGAAGACGACCUCAACAAACUGUCGCUGCGGGACUGUGGCAGCGCGGACGACCUGUUAGCACUUUUCUCGCGACGACACCUUGAAGAUGACGAUGACGACGACGAUGAAGAGGAAGCAACGUCUCCGUCACCCGAUGUAUCACUGCCUCCAACCUUGCUGCCUCGUCCCCUAACUCUGGCCGAGGAACUUAAAGGACGAAUGAGGAGGAAGUUGGCGUUCCGUGGCCAGCGUCAGUGGUGGCCUGCCUCCCACCUCCCAGUACCUGCCCCCGGCCACCACAGGAAGAAGGCUCGGGGUCGCCAGGUGGAGAGGUUUGAGAGUGUUGAGUCUGACGAGGAGGAGAUUCCUUGCUUCCUCCGCUCCCUCUCCUCGGAUCACGAAGAUGAUGCCAGAGACGAACCCCUCGACAUCGACUCAGGUGUGUAUGGGAGCAGUGUUGAGUCGACAAGUCACAUGCCAUCAGCACCACCCACACCGCCCACGGCAACAAGAUGGGCAUCAUCGGGAGAGCUACCAGAGCCUGCCACACCACCCACUCCAGACCCAGCAGCAGAGGCUGAAAGGCUUACCAUGUACCGUUGUAUCAUCUCCUCCAUCGUGGAGUCUGAGACCAUCUACCUGGAGUGUCUUGAUGUUGUCCUGCAGUAUAUGAAAGCACUGAAGGCAACAUUAACCACAUCGCAGCCAGUAAUAUCCCCCGAUGACUUCUCUACUGUGUUUUACCGCAUCACAGAACUUCAUGCAGCUCACAGUGACUUUCUCGAUGGCCUCAAGGAACACUCAACUCAGUGGGACGGAACCAAUACAAUUGGCGAACUCUUCAGAGUAUUAGCAAGUAAGCUGGAUGUAUAUGCAUCAUUCCUACAAAACUACCCUCGUGCAGUGGAGACUGUGCGGCGGUGUAGCUCACAGAGUGCACAGUUUGCUGAUAUUACUCGCUCCAUCAAGCUGCGCUCCCUCCAGGGACAAGCUCAGUCCCUGGAGGACCUCCUGCACAGACCUGUUGCCAGGGUGCAGAAGAAUGCUCUAGUCCUCCAUGACCUGCUCAAGUAUACGCCUGAGUAUCACCCUGAUCAUGAGACACUGCGGGAGGCCCUCAGACUCACCCAGAACUUCCUCACCCAUCUCUCCAUGAUACACACCGAAGCCAUGUUUCCUGCUCAGGAUCGUCCCCAACGGCAUCUAGUUCGUAAUUUAUUUUAUUGUUUUAAAAUUUUUGGAGGGUAACGAAAACUGAGACACCUCUUCCCGUUUAACGACGUUAUAGUGUUGCUAAGUAAAAAACCGACUGGUAGAUCGGAGAAAUUUACAUUCGAGGUUAAGUGGUAUAUUAGCCUCCAUGAUAUAGCUGUAUUGAAUGACAGUGGACCAGAGACUCUUAAGGAAUCUAAUCCACCAAACUUAGUGUCUCUUAAGUCUCAAGCCUCAACAGUACGAGAUCAGCUGAGGAGAGUGGAUAAUGCAACUGAUAAAGGGGCCGGUCGCAUCAAUGCAACUCGAAAUGAGAAACAGAGGAAGAAGUUAGCAGAGUUGGAAGCUCAGUUGGUCCUGGCUUCACCUAACCUUCCCUUCAGAAUAUCCAAAAGAGCUGGCUCAAUCCACACAUUUUUAAUCUCAUCUGAAUAUGAGCGAGAUCAGUGGGGUGAAGCUAUCCAAGUACUGCAGGCUAACACCCCAGGAGUUGGAGGGAGCUCCCUUACCCUGCAGGAGCUGCAGCAAUGGAUCACAUCUUGCCGGUCAUUCUUAAAGACAAAUAUGGGAUCAUUCUUGCUCAAAUCGGGUCGAGAUGAUUCUUUACUGAUCGGUGAUCUUCACAUAGUAGUGUCUAGUCUGCAUGGCCUCACAAGUCCUGCAAAUAUGUAUGUGUGCUUUGAAGUAGAUUCAUAUGGACACUUUUUCCGUAAAGCCAAAACAAAGAUCACUGAAGGUGUAGAACCUCACUGGAAUCAAGAUUUCAUCAUUGAGCUUGAGGGUUCGCAAACUCUGCGUAUUCUGUGUUACGAGGAUCAUCCAAAACUUGGAACACAACUGAGGGGAAAAACUCACCUUGAGCUCUCACGAUCUUGGUUGAGUAGUACUUUAACUGAGCGACGUGUAAGUCUACAGGACCUUGUGUUAGUUGUGGUCCUCAAGUUCCUACCCCCAGAGGCAACACUUAGAAGAGUGCCCACUGGCAAGUCCUCGGGACUUUUUGGUGCCAGCAUUUCCCAUGUAUGCACCUGGAGAAGAGAGGAAAAAAGUGUUCCAUUUUUUGUAACUCGGUGUUUUUCGAGGGGUUUGAAAGACGGGGGGAUGCAAGAAAUUGGAAAUUUACAAGUCUCGGGCCUUAGCACUGAAAAAACUAAACUAAAGAAAUUUUUUGAAUAAAAUCCUUAUGAAGCAGAACAACUUGUCAAAGAAGUGGAUAUUCAUUCUGUGACAGGACUGCUCAAGCUGUUCCUACGUGAGCUUCCUGAAGCACUCUACACAAGUGAAUUGUACCCGCGAUUUUUUGAUGCCUUUAGUGCUACUGAUCCUGAGUACAAGAAGACCACACUGCUCAAACUCUUUUCAUCACUUCCUCAGUUAAAUCAGUCUGUUAUAGCAUAUCUCUUAGAACAUUUAGUUAAAAUUCAUGAAAUGGAGCAUCUAAACAAAAUGUCACUGCACAAUCUAGCAACAGUGUUCGGCCCAACACUCUUGCGACCUGGAGCUAAAGCUGGAAACCCGUCACCUGCUGAAAAAUUAGCAGCCGGGACUGUUGAUGUUAUGGCCCAGGCAGGAAUUCUUCACUUCUUCCUCACUCGACGUGCAAAUGGCGAACCAAUCCAAGUUGUUAAUCAGUGAAUAUAAUUAUAGAGUUCUAUAUUAUAUUGACAUGUGUUAAUUAAUGCAAUUUUGCAGUUCUGUCACCUUUUAAAUCUAAAGAUCAGAUAUAAUAUCUUAUACGUAUAUGGGAAAAAAUAUAUGUGUAUCUACUGUACUGGACUACUGCAUCAAAUGUUCCAUGUAUUACAUUUUGUAUUCAAUUACACUAAUGAAUAGUUAAAAGGAUCAUUAUGUUUACACAAUUCUUAUUUUCCAAUUUUGGCGAGAAUUAUUUGGUUUUUAAAACUAAACAUAAAAUGUGAUCUCAUUGUAUGACUUAUGAAAGCUUAGAUUUUAAUAUGUAUAUUAUAGAAGGAUAGAUCAUCUGUGUUACUGAGUUUGUUCUAAAUAUAUAUUCGAAAAUCUAUAUCUGUUAAACAGUUACCAACAUUAUUUCUACAUCCCAAAUAAAUGUUAGAUUUUUCUUAUCCAGUAUCUGUGUUAGCUGAUGGAAUAGGUAAUUAAAAUUAUAUAAAAUAUUUAUUUUAACAGCUCUUAAAGAAUUGAGUUUGUAUUGUGUCUGUUGCCAGAAAGAGAAGUAAUAGCAAAUAUCUCAUUGUAUGACUUAGUGUCGAGAAGAUGAGACACGUCACACAAGUCUGUCCAUCUAGAUAAACAAAACAAUACAGUAAUUUAUAGAAUUUUAGGCUUUUAAACUUGCUGUAUUACUUCAUUAAAUGAAGCUGGUCUCUAUGUUUCCUUGUUUCAGUUGGUGCAGUGAUCACCAUGUAAACUAUUACAGUGGUCACCAUAUGAACUAUUGCAGUGGUUAUCAUACUGUGAUAAAUUGGUAUAGUGGUCACCAUAUAAACUAUUGCAGUAGUCACCAUAUAAACUGGUGCAGUGGUCACUAUAUAAACUGGUGCAGUAGUCACCAUAUAAACUUAUGCAGUGGUUGUCAUAUAAAUGUUGCGGUGGUCACCAUAUGAACUGGUGCAGUGGUCACCAUAUAAACUGGUGCAGUAGUCACCAUAUAAACUGGUGCAGUGGUCACUAUAUAAACUGGUGCAGUAGUCACCAUAUAAACUUAUGCAGUGGUUGUCAUAUAAAUGUUGCGGUGGUCACCAUAUAAACUGGUGCAGUAAUCAUCAUAUAAACUGGUGCAGUGGUCACCAUAUAAACUGGUGCAGUGGUCACCAUAUAAACCAGUGCAGUGGUCACCAUAUAAACCGGUGCAGUGGUCACCAUAUAAACCGGUGCAGUGGUCACCAUAUAAACCAGUGCAGUGGUCACCAUAUAAGCCAGUGCAGUGGUCACCAUAUAAGCCAGUGCAGUGGUCACCAUAUAAACCGGUGCAGUGGUCACCAUAUAAACCAGUGCAGUGGUCACCAUAUAAACCAGUGCAGUGGUCACCAUAUAAGCCAGUGCAGUGGUCACCAUAUAAGCCAGUGCAGUGGUCACCAUAUAAGCCAGUGCAGUGGUCACCAUAUAAACUGGUGCAGUGGUCACCAUAUAAGCCAGUGCAGUGGUCACCAUAUAAGUCAGUGCAGUGGUCACCAUAUAAACCGGUGCAGUGGUCACCAUAUAAACCGGUGCAUCACUCACCAUAUUCAUAUUCCAUAUUAUAAGCAGAAUUAUUGUCAGUAUACUGGUGUUAAAUUUUUUCAGUUGUCUUAGAUGUAAAAUUGUUUUUGUUUACAUUUCAGAUUUUAACUAUGAGAAAACAAUUUUUAGUUUUUGUAGUAGUUUUUCAAUUCAUAUAAUUUUAAAAUUCAUAUUGAAUUUAUAUUCUGAAUUGAUGUAUAUAUUAAUGUUACACCAACAUUAGUGUUAGACAUGAUUCAUUCUAUAUGUAUUAAUAUUAUAUUUGGUUCAGGGUGUUGAUAAUAUUUCUACUGUAUAAGGUGUAAAAAGUAUACAGUGUAAUCUUUCAGUCAUAUAUAUUUGGUUGAGCAUUCCAUUAUGAAGGUACAAUAGAUUCAAAAACAAAAGAUACAGUAACUGUCAACAUUAUCCAAACAAUUUAAUACAAUACAUAGGUGUUCCUUGCUUGAUGCAGGUUUGUUGUGUGUAAUUCCACUUAUACCAGAAAUUUGCAGUUUGUGAGUUUAAUUUAAACUUACAAUUAACAUUCCUGUACAAUUUGUCAGACACUACCACCUCUUUGUCUAAUGUAUUCACUUAUCACUCUUGAGAAUGAAAUAAGCUUUUAAUUAAACUCUUCAUGGCUUAUCUGCAUCUUUUGCUGCCAUCUGUCCCUUGGUUCUCCCAUCUUGCAUCUCAAACAGCCUAUCCUUAUCCAUUCUGCCUUAAUCCCCUGAGUCUUCUUCUUCUUUAAACACACCAGCCAUAUCCCACCAAGGCAGGGUGUCCCAAAAAGAAAAACGAAAGUUUCUCUUUUUAAAUUCAGUAAUUUAUACAGGAGAAGGGGUUACUAGCCCCUUGCUCCCGGAUUUUAGUCGCCUCUUACAACACGCAUGGCUUACGGAGGAAGAAUUCUGUUCCACCUUCCCAUGGAGAUACGAGGAAAUAAAC